AAGCUCAAAUGCAAGUUUUCAUAACUUCAUGUUUCAAAAGUAGCAACUAAAGACCUGACUGCAAAUAAGAAAUCUAAAAUGAAAAAGGGGUGUAUCAUUUGGGUACAGUUAGCAUAAAUAAGUAUAAACUAUAGACUCUAUAUAUAGGUGAGCGAUUUCAGGGCCAUCAUGGCCCUCUUGUUUAGAUAAUAUUUAUUAUUGGCACACAGUAAAAAUACCAAUAUUACUGUAUACAAUAGAUAUUUUUGAAAAUUACUAAAUUAUUUAAAAUAAAACACAAUUAUUUGUUUUAUUAAUUAUGUUGUAGGAGAUAGAAAGACUCAAGUUAGAAGAUUCUCCUCAACAGAAACAGUUAGAAUAUAAAAAGGCAAAAUCAGAAUGGCGGGAAAAGCUGAUAGAACAGUAUCACAAAACCCUGCUGCAAGUUCCUACAACACCUUUACAACCAAAAAGUGAAAAAUGUAGCUUUAAUGAGAUUUAUAUUAGGCCCAAAAUUACGAGGGAAAUAAAAGGAGAAAAGGGUGAAACAAAGGAGGUGGAGGUUGAAACAAUGUCAGAAAUCUUCACAAAGGAGGGAGUCCCACAAAAAUCUGUAUAUGUUCUAGGAGAUGCAGGGUCAGGAAAAACUAGUUUUUGUAAAUAUCUGGUGAACUGUUGGUGUUUGGCACAUAGUGAGGAACAUGAAGCUGACAAUGAAUAUGAAGAUGACAGUGGUAAACCUGAAGUUGACAGUGAAAAUCAUGGAGGUGACGGUGAAAAACAUGGAGCUUGCAAUAAAAAUGAAGAUGGCAGUAGUAAACUAAAAGGCGACAGUGAAAAACAUGGAGGUGACGGUGAAAAACAUGGGGCUGGCAAUGAAAAUUGA